AAAGUCAAGAGAAACACACCUUACUCCGAGAGCACGCACUGGAGUCGAGCAUAUCCGAAUGAAAAUAAAACUCAACUAAAGGAACCGGAGACAGCGUCAACAAAAGAUAGGCUAGAGCGCCUAGGUUACACCACUGGUUAUGGAAGCUUGAAUGGAUAUCCAAGUAGCUCUGGACUUUCGGCAUAUAAUCCUAUAAAACUGGAUCUAGGUGGAGUCGUGCUGGGAACUCUAGUUGGCAUUGGUGCAAUAAUUCUCAUACCUAAACUACUAUCAGCAUUUCACGGUGGUUACGGCGGCUAUGGGCGGAGCGAGGAUGACAAUGACUUAGCGUCUUUAAGCAGUAUGAUAAACAAAAUUGACAAUGUGCUUGGCCAAAACAAUAUCGACUCGACUAGCUGUAUGCAACGCGCUGUCUGUGGCUAUAUUCGGUCUACAGAGAAUAAUAUUAAGUCCGGAGUAUCAGACCAGAUGGAUGAAUUCAUUCACAUGCUGUCCGGAAAUUCUCUUGUGGAUUACCUUUUGGAUGGCACUGCAAUAAAAGAAGCAUUGGAACAUGGAAAGGAAACCAAUGACAAGACAUGCGAGGAGCUUUACCUUUCUUGUCCAUUAAAUAGUAAAUCGGCUACAAACAUUCUAAUGAAACUAUUACCCAAGAAGCAAAUUCCUACAAAAUUAAAGUCUGCAGGAAAUGAAGCCGAAUCUAAAAUAUAA